AUGGGUUAAUAAAUAUCGAGGUUUUGCAAAUAUUUCAGAAGCAAGGAUUCCAAAGUCUAUCAACAAUAAAACUCAGGAUCACUCUCAUAACACAGAUCAAAGAUUUUAGUGCAAAAUAACUCCGAUGGCUAUGGCUCAGAAUCUGAAUAACCAAUACAUCAUGUUCGAUAAUCCAAGACAAUCAAAUGGAAAAAGGGGGAAUUGAUAGGUCAAGGCUCAUUCGGAAGAGUCUUCAAAUGUAUGGACAUCAAUUCCGGCAGAAUUUUAGCUGUAAAACAAAUUGCCUUAGGCUAUGUAGACAAAGAGAGUCUAGAGUCCUUUCGUUAAGAAAUUUAAAUACUUAGCUAACUUAAGCACAAGAAUAUCGUUGAAUAUUAUGGUUGUGAAGAAGAUGACAAGAAUUUAAGUAUUCUCCUUGAAUUCGUCGGAGGAGGUUCGAUUGCUCAAAUGAUGCGCAAAUUCAAAUCCAAACUCUCAGAAUCGAUCAUCCAGAAAUAUGUCACUGACAUUCUACACGGUUUAUUCUAUUUGCACCACAAAGGAAUCAUUCACAGAGACAUCAAAGGAGCCAAUAUAAUUGUGGAUACUAAAGGAGUAUGCAAAUUGGCAGAUUUCGGUUGCAGUAUCAUAGGCCAAAGUGCAUAUUCUCUCAAGGGAACUCCAAAUUGGAUGGCUCCUGAAGUAAUCAAUUAAUAAGAGACUGGAAGAUACUCAGACAUUUGGAGUCUAGGGUGUACUAUCAUUGAAAUGCUAACAAGUGAACCUCCUUGGGGAAAAUUCUAAUCCCCCAUGCAGGCAUUAUUAACUAUUUCAUCGAAACAAUGUUCACCUCCUAUUCCAAAUAAUAUAUCUGAUCAACUUAAGGAUUUUUUAAAUAAAUGUCUAUAGUUUGAUCAUAAAAAGCGUUGGUAAGCAAGAAAAUUACUGAAACAUCCCUUCAUUAUUAAUUUCAAUAAGAAGCCUUCCAAAGGAGAAUCAAAUCCAUCACAAUUCAAAGUCUUCGAAGAAAAGAGUGACAUAAAUUUGUUUGUUGCUCCCCAUAUUGAUGAUCCACGAAAAGAUCUAGAAUAUUUAGAUAAAGAAUAGAAUCCUAUGAUAUUCUCUGUUUAAUCUUCUGGAUUUCACGAUGAAAACCACAAUUUUUGA